ACACGAGACCCACGAGACCGAUGAAGACUGAUCUGGCUACCUGGUUGGCCUGACAGUAUUCCUUUCUCGCACGUGAGGAGAUAUAUUUGUACCAAUUCUUUUAAUAUCUAAAUAAUAAUAGUUCGUGAGUAAAGAAACGUGAAUCAUGACCGCUGAAGAAGUCAAGAUUAAAAAUCUGACGAUAAACGACUCUUUAGAGGAAGAAGAUGUAGUGACACCCUGGUCUGUUGAAAGCACGGUUGAUACCGGAAUCGACUACGAUAAACUCAUCAAACGCUUCGGCAGUUCGAAGAUCGAUGAAGAGCUUCUCCAGCGAUUUGAGAAGCUCACGGGCAAGAAGCCUCAUCACUUCCUCCGACGUGGGAUCUUUUUCUCUCACCGAGAUAUGCACACAAUCUUGAACCUUUACGAGCAAGGCAAACCUUUUUACCUCUACACAGGUCGAGGUCCAAGUUCCGAAUCUAUGCAUCUCGGUCACCUAAUCCCCUUCAUGUUCUGCAAAUGGUUGCAAGAUGUCUUUAACGUUCCUCUCAUCGUUCAGUUGACGGACGACGAAAAAUCCAUCUGGAAGAACAUAAAAAUCGAGGAUGCAAUCACACUAGCUUAUAAAAACGCGAAGGACAUUAUAGCCUGCGGCUUCGAAUCUAGAAAUACUUUUGUAUUCUCCAAUCUGGAGCACAUUGGUAGCAAUCCUGCCUUCUAUCAGAAUAUGAUUCGAAUACAAAAGUGUGUAACUUACAAUCAGGUGAAGGGUAUUUUUGGAUUUGGAGAUAGCGAUCCUAUUGCCAAAAUCUCUUUUCCUCCGACGCAAGCUGCUCCUGCACUUUCCAGCACAUUUCCAUUUAUUUUCAAGGAUAUUAAGGCGCAUUGUCUGAUUCCUUGUGCAAUUGAUCAGGAUCCUUACUUUAGGAUGACGCGGGACGUCGCGCCGAGAAUUGGACAUCCAAAACCUGCAUUAAUGCAUUCGACUUUCUUUCCUGCUUUGCAAGGUUCCAAGACUAAGAUGUCUGCUAGUGAUGAUAAUACGGCAAUAUUUCUGACUGAUACGGCAAAGCAGAUCAAGAAUAAAAUCAAUAAGCACGCCUUUUCGGGAGGACAGGCUACUGUCGAGGAACAUCGGAAAAUUGGAGGGAACUGUGAUAUUGAUAUCUCUUAUCAGUGGCUGAGAUUCUUCCUGGAGGACGAUGAGAGAUUGGAGGAGCUUAGAAAAGGAUAUACAUCCGGAGAAAUUUUGACUGGUGAACUGAAAAAGGAAUUGAUAGACGUCCUGCAGAAAGUGGUAGCAACACAUCAGGAAAAUAGGAGUAAAGUAACAGACGGGACAUUGCAAGAAUACAUGCGGCCUAGAGAUCUUGGCUUCAUAUCGAAAAAGUGACUUAAUUCUACAAGAAUUUAGUUUGAUUUGCACAAGUGUUUGUACAAUUUGUACAAAGACAAAACAAGAAUUGCAUUUUUAUGUAAGGUCAUGAAAAUAAUGAAUUUUAAGGGAGAGAUUUUGUCAAAGACUUUUUUACUAAAAAGUAAAACAGUCUGAAUUCUUUGUUUCAAAGUCUAUGUCUAAAAACGUCCGCAUUUUUUGAAUAAGCUUUGCAGGAAACAUUUUUCUAUAAGGUAGAAAAUUAUCUUAUUUAUUUUGUACUUUCAUUUUUCGAUCCAGGGAUAGAAUCAUUUUGUUAUCAAAUUUAUUUAUUAUAAUAGGCAAAAAAUAAAGGUAUUUAGCUAUUAUUGUUUA